AUGGAAAGUCGUUCCGGCCUCAUUUCGUUUAGUCUGGUAACUCGAAAGGGCAAUAAGCCUCAUAUUGUGCCGCUUGCAGUUCCAGAAACGGUACACUUUGCCGCCCGUUAUCUGCAGACGGAAACGCAAGAGCGCGAGGAGAAGGCACGCAUGAAGCGG